AUGGAUGACUUGAAAGCCUCAUCAGAGACUGAUUUAUUUUCUCAUGCGUCGAAAUCAGUUUCGUUUAAAAGUGAUUUUUCAUCUGUUAAUGGAGAAAAUCAUUCAUGGAGAUAUCUUGCUAAAACAUAUUUUAACAAUAGUAAACAAUUAAAAAGUUCAAUAUCUAAUGUUUUUAUAAAAGAAAAUUCAUCUGGAAAUUAUUAUAAAAAUCUGCCUGGUGCAAUGCCAAUAAGUAUGAAUGAAAUGUUAAAAGCACAGAAUACAAAUGCACCAUGGUUAUUUAAUGUAUUAAAAAAGAAGUUUCAUCGUUCUCGAAAACAUAAAAACGAUAGAUUUUCAAUGAAUGAAUUCGACUCGAAUAAUACAGUAGCCAAUAAUUCGAUAUUAUUAGCAGAAGAAUUGUUAGAUAAAGCCAUUACUAACGAUGGAAUGAAUGGAAAAUGGAUUGUGAAUGAAAACGACGUUGCUUGUCCAUUAAUUAAGAAUUUCGAUAGAUCUACUUGUGCUCAAUACAAUGCAUCUCGUGCUAUGUCAUCAACAACAUCGCCUAUUCCAUUAUCUACUGAUGAUUCAUUACAUCUGUACCAUUAUCAUUACGAUUUUCAAACAUUAGAUCCACCAACAAAUUCAUCUCCAUCGUAUUUAGCCGAUUAUCAAGCUCAAGUUUCAUCAGGCAAUAUCGAUGAAACAAAACCAACUAUAUCCAAUGAUGAAGAUACUCCUGUAGAUUCUACUUCAAUGGCACCGAUGGUCAACACUUAUUAUGCAUCAAGUCAGCGACAGACCGGUUUACACAAUAGCCAAGAUAAAGAAACACGUUUAUCAUCUUCUCCUUUUGUACAAUCAACACUAGAUUCAGUUAUUGAUGAUAUACAUUUAGUUGGCCGUAAUUCAACAAUACAAACAACAUCAAAAGGAGCAAAAUCGGCAUCGGCAGCUCGAAGUCAUCCAAUCAUAGGUUCAACUUCUACGAAGAGAGUAAAAAAACAAGUAGAAUCAGCAAAAAAGAAGAAAAGCAAAUCCUAUCAAGAACAUAAAUUAAGUUCUGAAGAAAUCGAAUUACGAGAAGCAUUGCGUAUUAUUGAUUUGGACAAUAUUGGAUUUUUCCCACCAACUGAAUUACGUAGAGUAUUGAAAGAUAUUAUUGAUAUUAAGACGAAUGAUAUUGAAAAAAUCGAACGAUGUUUACCGCUCGAUGAUGAUGGACAUUAUUCAAUAGAUAAUCUCAUUAAAUUAUUAUUGGGUACAAAAGCAACAUGA